GGUCUGGCUCUCUUUCUUUCUUGUUGCCUCUGCUAAGCAUCUUUUCUUUACUUUUCCUGUGCUUUUUGCCUUUGAUUAUUCUUUCCUCUUCUUUCUUGGAAUAAAAACUUCUUGUUUUUGCUUCUCCUCAUGAGCUUCUUCUUCACCCAUAAUUUAGCUUCUUAUUCUUAUUCAUAUUCUUCUCUCUUCCUUUCUAUCUAGCCAUCUGUUUCUUUGAUCAAUAAUAAAGUCUAAUUCCGCCCUUUUUUUUUUCUGGUUUUGGGAGAGUGUCUUUAUCUUUCUCUUUCUCUUGCUUUUGAUUUUCAUUUUAAAUUUCUCGCCUUUCCAAUCUGGAAUUUGUUGCAAAUCAUUUUGUUGGGAAUUUACUGUGAUAAUCAUUUCUGGGUUCUGUUGCUCAAACUGUGAACUUUAACUUUCUUUCUGAAUUACCUCUCAAGACUCUGUAAUUCACUCUGGAAUUUCUUUUCUUCAGCUUCAAAUCCUUUCAAUUUAUAUACAUAUAUAUAUUUUUACCUUUUAUGGUCUUUUAUGAUCACAGGCCUAACUUCUUCUUGAUUCUCUGUCCUGUAUAUUUUUCUUGCUUCAAUUUCUAGUUCUUGAUUAUUUCUUUUUAAACUCUUGCACCUCACUUUUUCUAUUUUGAUACUUCACUUCAAAUGGUUUAAACUUUUCUUCCCAUUUUCUUGUUUACAGUCUUUCUAACUUUCUUGAUUUUAUCAGUGAUUUCAUAAUUAUCUUUCUUUAUUGUUGUUUCAAUGGGACUGUGUCAUGGAAAACCAAUUGAGACGACCCAUCAAAAUGAAUCAAAUAACCAGUCACUCUCUAUUGAAACUGAACCACAGCAAGCACCCAAUUCCCACAGAAGUAAAACCUCUAACUUUCCUUUUUAUAGUCCAAGUCCAUUACCUAGUCUAUUCAAGAACUCACCUGCAAUAUCAAGUGUAAGUUCCACUCCUCUGCGUAUUUUCAAGAGGCCUUUUCCUCCUCCUUCUCCUGCAAAGCACAUUCGUGCAUUGCUUGCUCGAAGGCAUGGCUCUGUUAAGCCUAAUGAGGCCUCUAUUCCUGAGGGCAAUGAGAGUGAUAUUGGUUUAGACAAGAAUUUUGGGUAUUCUAAGCACUUUGUGAGUCAUUAUGAUCUUGGUGAAGAGGUGGGUCGUGGUCAUUUUGGGUAUACUUGCUCUGCUAAGGCCAAGAAAGGCAGCAUGAAAGGCCAGGAUGUUGCUGUCAAAAUUAUUCCUAAGUCUAAGAUGACCACUGCAAUUGCUGUUGAGGAUGUUAGGCGAGAAGUGCAAAUUUUGAGAGCUCUAACGGGGCAUAAGAAUCUGGUGCAGUUUUAUGAUGCUUAUGAAGAUGAUGACAAUGUCUACGUUGUGAUGGAGUUGUGCACAGGUGGUGAACUGUUGGAUAGAAUACUGUCAAGGGGUGGAAAGUACUCUGAGGAAGAUGCCAAGACUGUUAUGGUUCAGAUAUUAAAUGUAGUUGCUUACUGUCAUGUCCAAGGUGUGGUUCAUCGAGAUCUCAAGCCAGAGAAUUUUCUGUUCUCUACAAAGGAGGAGAGUUCCCCAUUGAAGGCCAUUGAUUUUGGACUUUCUGACUAUGUAAAGCCAGGUCAGAGAUACUGCAUUAAGAUAAUUCCCUCCCCUUUCUGGUUGAAAGAUGGUCUGGAAUUUGAGUAUUUAGAUUCUUUUGCAGAUGAAAGGUUGAAUGACAUUGUAGGAAGUGCAUACUAUGUAGCUCCUGAAGUUCUACAUCGAUCAUAUGGAACUGAAGCAGACAUGUGGAGCAUUGGUGUGAUUGCUUAUAUUCUUCUAUGUGGCAGCAGACCCUUUUGGGCCCGCACAGAAUCUGGCAUCUUUCGAGCUGUUCUUAAAGCGGAUCCAAGUUUUGAUGAAGCUCCUUGGCCUUCUUUAUCCCCUGAAGCAAUAGAUUUCGUGAAGAGGUUACUAAACAAGGACUAUCGUAAGAGGCUGACUGCUGCUCAGGCCCUGAGUCAUCCAUGGUUAGCCAAUCAUCACGACAUAAAGAUCCCAUUAGAUAUGAUAGUAUACAAGCUUGUAAAAGCUUAUAUCUGCUCGUCAUCUCUGCGGAAAUCUGCCCUGGGGGCUUUGGCAAAGACAUUAACUGUAGACCAGCUAGCUUACCUCCGGGAACAGUUUACACUAUUAGGACCAAGCAAAAACGGUUUCAUUUCCAUGUCAAAUUUUAAGACGGCUGUUAUAAGGAGCUCCACAGACGCCACAAAGGAUUCAAGGGUCCUUGAUUAUGUGAGCAUGGUUAGUUCUCUCCAAUACAGAAAGUUGGAUUUUGAAGAAUUUUGUGCAGCUUCCAUUAGUGUGCAUCAGCUAGAAGGAAUGGAUUGUUGGGAGCAACAUGCAAGGCGUGCCUAUGAGUUGUUUGAGAAGGAUGGGAACAGACCUAUUAUGAUAGAGGAACUGGCCUCAGAGCUCGGUCUUAGUACAUCCGUACCAGUUCAUGUGGUUCUCCAAGACUGGAUAAGACAUUCAGAUGGCAAGCUAAGUUUCUUGGGGUUUGUGAGGCUGCUUCAUGGGGUUUCUUCACGUACAUUUCAGAAAGCUUAGAAUAAUCCCACCUUCGAAACCCUUUUUUAUUUUCAUUUUCCAUCAUACAUGCUUUCCUUGUACUGAAGUGUUGCAAGGGGAAAAAUGGCAUGCCCAGUUUUACCUAAUUCAAGAAUGUAUUCUGCCGAUCACUAUGAAAGGUGCUGCAAGUUAAAGCUUUAGCUGAUGCAGCAUGGCUUGCUAAUGGAGCUAUUCGCGACAUGUUCUCAUGUCAAGUAUGUUCUUCCUCCUUUUUGUUCUCACCUAUAUAAAGUUCUUUUUUCCUUUACUGCGACUGGUGCAACUGGGUUUAGAGGAUUGUACAGAUGAGGUUAGAUCAAAAUGUGUAUUUAGUGUUAGCAAACAGCUUUAAGCUGAGGUGAGUUUCUUUUCAUGUUUUUUUUUUGGGUUUAUAACUCGUGUAUCCAUCGCACUAAGUUCUCUAAUAAAUAUCUUGCCAUCUGCAUGAUGUAAUCUAACAUUUUGUAAGAUGUUUUCUACUGCAUUUGCAGCUGCCCAGUGAAUCCAAUGAUAUUUUCAUUACUUGCUA